AUGAAGCCCGGAGAUCCCUUCCAAUCAGUGCUUGUGUCUCCUGCAGAGCUUCACCUCGCCCUUUCUCAUUCUACAGCUUCGCCUCGUCGCAUCAUUCCCGUGGCAGUUGGUCGGCAGUCGACUCUUGGCUCUUACCAGGGGAAUCAUAUUCCAGGAUCCAUAUUCUUCAAUAUGGAUCAAAUCAGGGACACUACGUCAAAAUACCCAGUAAUGCUACCUGAUCCCGUCCACUUUGCUACUUGCAUGACGGAUCUGGGUGUUCGACCAGACGAUAUCCUUGUUGUUUACGAUACGCUCGAGGUAGGAUUUUACUCUGCGCCUCGAGUAGCGUGGACAUGCCGAUAUUUUGGGCACGCUGAUGUCCACGUCUUGAAUAAUUUCUCUAGCUAUGUUGCUGGUGGCUUUGAUGUUUCUUCCGGAGAAUUACCUCAACUUCCGAACGUUCAGGUGGAUAGAUAUCCUAUCUGUCAGCCUUUAAGUUCGGAUGCUGUGAUUGACUACAAGGAGUUGCGCGAUCUGUUACUGUCAAAGAAUACCGCGGAAGGUUUUCAAGUUCUCGAUGCGAGACCACACGAUCGAUUUUUUGGAAAAGAUAAAAGCGACCCAACUACUCCAGGGCACAUGCCAUCUGCAAUAAACAUUCCUCUCGCUUCAAUUUUAGGGCCUGCCAGAACCCUCCUCAAAGCCAACGAGUUACGUCAACUUUUUGCCAGAGCUGGCGUGCAUGGAACACUGCCCGUCAUUCUCACCUGCAACUCGGGCGUGACGGCUGCGGCUUUGGAUCUGGCAUUGGAGGUUAGUGGAUAUGGGAUGGAGAGGCGGAUUUAUGAUGGCAGCUGGACAGAAUGGACAGACCGGGAGACGGACAAGGAGCUGAUCGUUUUGGAUUGA